UCAUUCAGUUACAGUUGAAUACUGGGCACGUGUUUGUGAAACAAUGAAUUCAACCGAUAUGGCAGAAUUUAAUCCCUUUUUUGAUAAAGAUGCUUCUACAGUGUGUGUAUGUUGUUACAUGGACUUAUCACAAGCACAUGGUGACAGUAAAUCUGUGUUUGAUACUCUACCGAUGACAGCAGAAGCACCAAUAACGAUGUUAAACGCAAUGAAAAGGCUUACUCAUUUGAAGUUUGAUGACAAGGGUACCGAUUGCAAAUGGAGAUCUUGCAUCAGUUGCUUUAAUAAUAUAGCAAUGGCAAUUAGACAUCAAUCCACUUGCAAGAAGAUGGCUAAUAAUCUGCAUGCGUUUGUCAGCGCGCAAACUUUGAAUAUAUCUGAGACCAUUUUAGAAGAGGAGGAAGAAGAGGAAACAGUGACUUCUGUCACUUCUGCAACUCGGAGUGUUAGAUCUCAUUCUAAAUCUUUUGAUUUUACUAAUAUGCUGCGGGUCUUAAUGAAGGAAAGUAUGGUUGCUCCCAGUGUGCCAGUGGAACCUGGGAAAGUAGUACGCAGGAGCGAACGGCUAAGGUCCCUUUAUGAAGCAGGAUUUUGACUUUUCUAAUUUUAUAAAGAGUUAUAAUGCAAAGAGUUAGCUUUGCAUUAUAUCUAUAAGAUGAGAAUUGAUUUUUCCUCUUUUACUCUUAUUUUUUAAAUCAGCUCUAUUCUGCAAUAUCGAAGUUAUGUUUUAUGUUUUAAACAAGAGUUUAUUUUUAUUUAUUAAUUCUUCAU